AUGCCUCCACGCGGCUUCACAAACCCAGCCCCAAAAACAGAAAGUGCCCGCGAAGCGGUCCGGUCCUUCUACUGCGAACUAUGCAGCAAAGGCUAUGCGCGGAUGAACGAAUAUGAAGCUCAUCUAUCCUCCUACGACCAUUCACACAAGCAACGUCUGAAGGACAUGCGACAGCUCACUCGCGAUCCCCUUGCAUCCUCCAAAGCCAGAAAAGCCGAGGCGAAAGCCAAUUCACAAUCCGGAUUAAUAUCUAUAAAGCUGGGUGAUAGUGGAAGUAGUGGUGGAGGAGGCGGUGGAUUCAAAAAAGCUGGGUUCAAGAAGGCAGGAUUCAAGAGUGCUUUUGCCCCGGUGGAUGGGGACGGUGUGAAGGACGAGGAGAAAGCUGAGGUCAAAGAGGAGAGAGGGGAAGUGCCAGGCAGUUUGAAGAUUGUGGAUCAAGGGGAGAGCGAUACGGAAGAUGAAGGAUACGAGAUGUAUGAUCCCAGACAUCCGACUGAUUGA